UUCCUUGAAAGGUAAGAAUGUCGCAAGGUCCUUUUAAAAAAAAAAAAAUUAUAACGUUUAAAACGUCUAAAUAAAAUGCAAACAGCAUUACGCAUAAAAUCAUGAAGGGGAGCUGCGUUUGGGACGUUUGUAACGGCAACACCGACACGAACGGCAGCGGCCGCCACUCCAAGAAAAGCAAACGGAAAACCAAGAAACACGACCGUAAGGGCUCGGCAGAUUUUACCAGCGAGCGAUCCGAGCCACAGAGCCCCAGCAACAACGAGCUCUCUCAGAUUUUCAGCCAACCUCUGCCCGUCACUCCUCUGGAGACCCUGCCCCCUCUCCCUCGGACUCCGCCCCCUCUCCUUCAGACCCCGCCUCCCCCAGACUUCACUCCGCCCCCCGCGGUGCAGCUGGGAUCUGACGAUGAGGAGCAAGAAGAUCCAACUGAUUACUGCAGAGGUGGGUAUUACCCGGUGAAGAUCGGAGACUUUUUUAAUGGACGCUAUCAUGUCGUGAGAAAAUUAGGAUGGGGCCACUUCUCGACAGUGUGGCUGUGUUGGGAUAUCCAUCGGAAGAGGUUUGUUGCUUUGAAGGUUGUGAAAAGCGCCCCUCACUACACAGAGACUGCCCUGGAUGAGAUCAAGCUGUUGAAAUGUGUGCGCGACAGCGACCCAACGGAUCCCAAACGAGAGACGAUCGUUCAGCUCAUCGAUGAUUUCAAAAUCUCCGGCGUGAACGGAGUGCAUGUGUGCAUGGUACUGGAAGUGCUGGGCCACCAGUUACUGAAGUGGAUCAUCAAGUCAAACUACAUGGGCCUCCCCAUCCCAUGUGUGAAAAGCAUUCUGAGACAGGUUUUGCAGGGCUUGGAUUACCUGCACACAAAGUGCAAGGUCAUCCACACAGACAUCAAACCAGAGAACAUCCUCAUGUGCGUCGAUGACGUCUACAUCCGCAGAAUGGCUGCCGAGGCAACCGUGUGGCAACAGUCCGGAGCCCCGCCCCCCUCGGGGUCCUCAGUAAGCACCGCCCCUCGCGAGAAACAGAGGUUUGUGUUGAUGAUGCAGGACGUCAGAGUCCUUCUCGGUAGACUCUGGACGGGAAAGGUUUCGAAGAACAAGAAGAAAAAGCUGAAGAAGAAGGCGAAACGGCAGGAGAGGCUGCUGGAGGAGAGGCUGCAGGAUAUUCAGAGAAUGGAGGAGAUUGACGGGACGCCGCGGCACCCCCUGAGCCCCCCUCUCCCUCCCCCUCCCCCCGCACCCCCUCUUCAACGGGGGCGCCCUGGCCCUGUGCGCUCCCCCUGGAGAGAGAGCCUGCUGCUGGAGGAGCCAGAUCGAGGGGAGGAGAGAGAGAAAUACGCCGAGGAGUACACCAACUCUCAGUUCCGCACCCAGCUGGCAAACACCAAGGUGGACGGCUGCCGUGGCGACAGCGGAGGGGGCGUGACCUGCAGCCCUCCCAGCACCUCCUCCUCCGGCGUUGGAUUGGAGGGGAGCAAUGGCCACGCCCCCUCGGGGUUCAGUCGCUUCACCAGUCCCGACUCUCAGCUCUCGGGAAUAUCGGGGUCCCUGUUCUCCCCCACCUCGGGAUCGGCGAUAUCGGGGUACUCCACGGAGCAGGACCUGCGGAGGAGCAACCUGUCCCCUAACGCUUUCAGUUCCGCAGACUUCCUGGUGAAUCCACUGGAGCCGCAGAACGCUGAUAAAAUCCAGAUCAAGAUUGCUGACCUGGGCAACGCCUGCUGGGUGCACAAGCACUUCACGGAAGAUAUCCAGACCAGACAGUACCGGUCCCUGGAGGUUCUGAUCGGUGCCAGCUACGGGACCCCUGCGGACAUCUGGAGCACCGCUUGCAUGGCAUUCGAGCUGGCAACAGGAGACUACCUGUUUGAACCGCACUCUGGUGAAGAUUACACAAGAGAUGAAGAUCACAUCGCACACAUCAUUGAGCUGCUGGGAGAGAUCCCACCCCAUUGCGCUCUGUCUGGACGCUAUUCCCGGGAAUACUUCAACAGGAAAGGUCAGCUGAGGCACAUCUCCUGUCUGAAGCCCUGGGGUCUCUUCGAGGUCCUGCUGGAGAAGUACGAGUGGCCCCUGGAGCAGGCCGCCCAGCUCAGCGACUUCCUGCUUCCCAUGAUGCACUUUGUGCCCGAGAAGAGAGCCACAGCCGCACAGUGUCUGCAGCACCCGUGGCUGAACUCCUAAAACCAGCCACGACCCCCGUCCGAGGAGCCCGACACAGUACAAUGCGUCCAUCAUUAAUGCAGUCGCUUUAUAGAAUACAUUCGAACAUGCCUCUGCUGUAACCCUUCCAGGAUUUGCUUGUCACAGAAGAGAGGGAGCAAGUAAACGCGGUAUUCCUUCGAAACGAGAAAUCAGUUUAGAAAGUAUUUUUUAUAUAUAGCGCCUUCCCUUCAACCUCAACACAAAACCAGAGCGCUCUCAUGUACAAUCCCACUGCCACAAAUGGUGUUCUGCAUGUUCUUAUAUCAAGGAGCCACUAGGAAUGGACGGAGUCUGUCGUUCUUGGAGGUAGGGUGGCCAUGAUACACGAAGGACCUUUAUAAGUUUUACAGCAACUUUUUGUUUUGUUUUGAAUCAUAAGAAUUGAAGAAGGAAUCUGUGCUGGGAUAUAUUGUGAAAAGUGUUGAACAUAAGAACGUUUACAAACGAGAGGAGGCCCCAUUCAGCCCAUCUUGCUCGUUUGGUUGUUAGCAGCUUAUUGAUCCCAGAAUCUCAUCAAGCAGCUUCUUGAAGGAUCCCAGGGUGUCAGCUUCAACAACAUUACUGAUAGAGGGAUCCUGCUAAUCAAUACACCUUUACCGCUAAGACUUUUGGGAGAGACGGCACCACAAUCCUCAAAAUAGGACGCCUGUCUCCAAACAUCGAUACAACUGAGGACAGCUUUUUAACUACACCCCCCCACCCCCACCCCCCUUUAGAAAAAGGAACAGCUGUUCACUAUGAUUCACAAACGCUUGCCAUGAGAUCUAUGGUUUUCUUUUUCAAGAGGUGAUUGUUUUAAAAAUAAUAAUAAUAAUAAUAAUAUACUUUUUUUCAGUGCCUUGAUAAAGAAAGAAUUUGGGAUUUUUUUUUUUUUUUUUUUUAGCACAAACAUAAUUUUUUUUUUAAAGAAUAAAAAAUGUGAAUAAAAUUUGACUCCUGUUCCAUAGCAGUUUCACUACGAGGUUAAUAAUAAGACACACCUGAGCUUGUUACUCUUAGUAAAACCUGGAAUGGAUGACACUGCUGUGCAAUAGGAGUCUUUUAAAUUCCCUAAUUUACCCCCUGAACUCAAAUGGCCCUCUAUCUCACUGCUUGACGAGACCGCUGGGCUGCAGUGUGUGAAGCAACAGUUGUUGAUGAUGCAGAAUUCACCCUCCUAGUCUCUGUAAUUUAAUUUGUAGUAAUAAAGACAAAAGAAGAAUAAUCGUAUGUAUGUACUGUGGUGGAUUAAACAGUUUGAAAUAGUGUUCAUUUUAA